GAUUCAAAAAUCAGUGGAACAAGUUAAAACAAAAAAAAAUUUACUAAAAUGGAAAAACAUUUGUUUGAUCAAAAUAUAGUCACUGAUGUGAUAAAAGAACUUUGUGAUGCUGUUGAGAGUGAUGUUGUUUCAUUGAAAAGAAGUUUUAAUACUACUGAAUCUGAAAUGUUUUUAUUAAAAAGAGUUUGUUCAAAAAAUGAUAUAAAGAAUAGAGCAAAAUGUGAUGCAGAAGAGCAUAAUACUUCUGAGUUUUUUCAUAAUGGCAUUGAUGAUACAGAAAUAAUAAACAUACCUGAUUCACAGAUAAUAAAGAAAAAAAAUUCUUUGGCUUCCAAGUUGAAAAAAAGAGGUUUGCGAAGAAAUAUUCGUAAAGUAAUUGGUGAUAAGCAACUUGAGUUUACAACCCAAACUCUACGAGAAAAAGAACAAGCAAGACUAAACAGAUUGGGUGCUCAGAGUUCUUCUAAAGAAUUAAAUAUUGAUGCAAAUAGUAAAGUCUUAUUUGUCCAAAAAAAAAUUCUAAAAAAUGAUGCAGAAACUAUUUGCCUUGACUCAGACAGCGAUGAUCAAAUAGAUACCAAACCCGUAACUAAAUCAACAGAAACAAUUUGUAUUUUGAGCACUGACAGUGAAGAAGAGGAAUAUAGUUCUGAUGUUAAUUCAAGCUCAGAUAGAAAAGCACAAUCAAAAAUAUACUAUAGUGAACUAGGACUUCAUACAAAUGAUCUUUUAAAUAUUGGUGGAGUACAUGGAAAUAUUCUUGUUAACAUAAAUCAUCCAUCGACUGAUCCAGAUAUACUCAUACCAAAACAUUUGGAAAAUGUUUUAAAGCCACAUCAGAUUGGUGGUAUACGCUUUUUGUAUGAUAACCUCAUUGAAACAACUUCAGAUUUCAAACUUACUCAUGGUAAUGGCUGCAUUCUGGCACAUGCAAUGGGAUUGGGAAAGACAAUCCAAACAAUUACAUUUAUUGAUAUUUUUUUGCGACACACUUGUGCUACUAAGGUUUUAUGUGUUGUUCCUGUUAAUACAGUUCAAAACUGGAUGAAUGAGUUUAAUAUGUGGAUGCCUCCAAAACCAGAAAAAAGUGCUGAAAAUCUUGACGUUUCUGUAAAAGGUUUGCUUGAUGCAAUGGUUGAAUGGGUUUCAAGUGAUAAUAACAUAGAAAGUUGGGAUAUGAAGGCUGCACAAAUAUUACCUACAGAUGAAGAUAAAAAUGAAAGUUGUACAAUGUUUCGUGAUUAUAAAGUGUAUUUGAUCGACUCACAAAAGAAUUUACGAGCAAGAGCUAAUUUUAUUGGUGAAUGGGAGAAGACAGGAGGGGUACUUUUAAUAGGCUAUGAAAUGUAUCGCUCAAUAGCACUAUACUCUUCUAAAUCAAAAAUUAGCAAAGUAAGGAAAGGAAAAGGGUCAAGUGAAAGUGUUGUGUUUGCAGAUUUAAAAAGAGCACUCUGUAAACCAGGUCCAGACUUGGUUAUAUGUGAUGAAGGACAUCGUAUUCGAAAUUAUCAGUCUGGUGUUUCACAAGCACUUAAAAGUAUAAAAACUAGAAAAAGACUUGUUCUAACAGGUUAUCCUCUUCAAAAUAAUCUAGUAGAAUACUGGUGUAUGGUUGACUUUGUCAGGCCUAAUUAUCUUGGAUCACGACAUGAGUUUUCAAAUAUGUUUGAGCGUCCAAUAAUGAAUGGUCAAUGCUUUGACAGCACAGAAAAGGAUAAACAUUUGAUGCGACAGAGAGCUCAUGUUUUGUACAGUCUUUUGAAAGGCUUUGUUCAAAGGCGUGGUCAUAAUGUUCUUAAAACAGCACUUCCUCCUAAGGAAGAGAAUGUAUUAGUGAUCAGACUAUCUCCAGUUCAAAAAGCUCUUUAUAAAAAACUAAUCGAUACUACACUUUGUUAUGAAAGCAUGAAUCCAAUAAAAACAUUUAGUUUAUGUGUAAAGAUUUGGAACCAUCCAGAUAUCUUGUAUAAAGCUGUGUGUGCAAACCAACAAGGAAAACAAUUGGAAAUACUAUGCGACGAAGAUGAUAUUGCUGUAGAUGAUUCAAUAAAAAUGAAACGAGUUAACAAACCAACACAUGAAAGCAUCAACAAACUGAAUGAAGAAAAUAAAAUCAGUUCUGCAAUGGAAGAUAUUUUACAAAACCUUUCGAGCUGGGCUGGGCCAUUGUUCAAUUCUUAUAUGUAUGUUCCUGGUAAACUGGAAAACAGCGGUAAAUUUCUUGUUCUAAACAAAAUUAUACAAGAAAGUAUGGCUCGUGGUGACAAGAUGCUUAUUUUCAGUCAGAGCUUGUUAACAUUAAAUUCAAUUGAAGAAUUUCUUCAAAAUAUACCAAUCAAAAAUGGAAGCGAUCAUGAGAAAAAGUACUGCUGGAAAAAAGGACGUGAUUAUUUUAGACUAGAUGGAAGCACAAGCACUCUUGAACGUGAAAAGCUCAUCAGACUUUUCAAUAGUAAAGAUAAUAAACAUACAAAUAUAUUUUUGCUAUCAACCAGAGCUGGUUGUCUCGGUAUAAACUUAAUAGCAGCUAAUCGUGUUGUUGUGUUUGAUGUUUCAUGGAAUCCAUGUCAUGAUGCUCAAGCAGUUUGUAGGGUUUAUCGGUAUGGACAAGAAAAACCAUGCCAUAUUUAUAGAUUGGUUGCAUCUAAUACAAUGGAAAAAAAAAUUUAUUAUCGACAAAUAUCAAAACAAGGAAUUUCAGACCGUGUUGUUGAUGAGCAGAGCUUAACAGAAAAUUUUUCCAAGAGAGAGAUUCAAUCGCUUGUUGAGGAAGAAUGGUGUGAUGAACCUGUGCUUGAUUAUUCAAAAUCAAUACCUCGCUACAAUGAUCAUAUUUUAAGGAAUAUUCUUCGCGAAAACCCAGAAUGGAUUACUGAAUUGCCAUUCAAACACGAAUCUCUUCUAAUAAAUGAAGAUGCAGGGAGAUUAACAGCAUUUGAAAAACAAGAAGCAAAACGAGCUUAUGAAAAAGAAAGAUCAUCACAAAUGAAUUGUCGCUCCUUCCCUCUUCAACCUUGUUUUCCCAGCGACUCACCCAUCGUGCCAGUUCGGCCGUUUUUAUGGCGACCACCCAUUUACCAACCGCUAUCGAACCCAAGUAGUGUUUUAAUUCCAGAAAUUUACAAAGAUGUUUUAAGUUCAUCGAAUUUUAUGCGCCAAAGAAUGAACUCUACGACUGCAACGAAGCUCUCGUCAAAUUCAUCCUCAUUAGAAUCAUCAAAAAGUUUAUCAACCAAUCAAGAUACGUUGUAUGGUUUUUCAUCAUCUUACCCCACGUCUUCGUUUGGUCCUCUAACAGAUUGUACUUCAACAUUGCCAAGACAUCAAAAAGUUAUUAUUCAUGAUAGCUUAUUAAGUAAAAAUUUAUACAGUGCGGAAAAAGAGGUUUCUAAAACAAGGGAUGAUUACUCAGCUUCUCCUAUCAAUCGAUCGAUUGAUUCGGUUGGCGUUCGAAUCGAUCAAUCGAAUCGAUCGGCGUUCUUGAAAUACGGCAAAAAGUCUCCUUCGUAUUCAUUGUUUGAUGAAGAAGUUUUAAAUGCUGAUGAAAGUAUUCGAAAUGCAAUGAGUUCAUCGCCUUUAUUUACAGCGUCCCAAGAUCAUUAUUCUCGUGAAUUAAAUAGCUUAAACUGGUCUGACCAUGGUUAUAAUGAUACACACAGAUCAGACAACAUUAAGAAUGAUAUAAGCUUUGCUAAUUUGUUAAAUAACUCAUAUUCUAACUCGCGAUUUUCUAGGACAUUACCUCAAAAUAUGGUUUCACCGAACAGCAGAGUUUUUUCAGAUAAAGCGUUUUGUUCCAAUGAAUCUCAAAAUUCAGUACCAUUUAAAAACAUUUUAGAUUCUAUCGAGGUCAGCCGAAGUACAAACCAAUAUAAAAAUAUUUGCUGUGGUGAUGAACGAAGCAAUAGACAUUUGCUUCCUUUUCAGACAAAAGUUUCUUGCGACGAAGUUAUUGUUCUAGACGAUUAAAAAAUUUUUUUUUAAGCUUCGUUGUGAAUGUAAAUAAUGAAUUAACUUUAAUAUAAACACUAAAACUGUCUUUUAAA